AGCGGGAGGGGGCGGCGGCGGCGGCGGCGGCGGCGGGAGGGAUGCGGACGGGGGAAGAUGGCGGCCUCGUCGAACAACCCGCGGAAAUUCAGCGAGAAGAUCGCGCUGCACAACCAGAAGCAGGCCGAGGAGACGGCGGCCUUCGAGGAGGUCAUGAAGGACCUCAGCCUCACGCGCGCCCACCGGCUACAGCUACAGAAAAACCAGUAUUUGCAGUUGGGCCAGACCCGUGGCCAGUACUAUGGAGGAUCCCUGCCAAAUGUCAAUCAGAUUGGGAGCAGCGCUAUGGACCUACCUUUCCAGACUCCGUUUCAGUCAUCAGGAUUGGACACCAGCAGGACGACCCGGCACCAUGGGCUGGUGGACAGGGUGUAUCGCGACCGGAACCGCCUUGGCUCGCCCCACCGGCGCCCGCUGUCCGUGGAUAAGCACGGCAGGCAGGUGGACAGCUGUCCGUAUGGUACCGUCUACCUGUCGCCUCCUUCAGACACAAGCUGGAGGAGGACCAAUUCAGAUUCUGCCCUGCACCAGAGUACGAUGACUCCCACUCAGGCGGAGCCUUUCUUAGCUGGGUCACAGGACAUGCAGCAAAAAAGAGUCUUACUGUUGGCCGUCCCAGGCAUGGAGGAAGACACAGCGGAUACAGAGAAGAACCUCUCGAAGCAAGGGUGGGAAGCUAAGAAGACCGGAUCCUCAAGGCCCAAAUCCUGUGAGGUCCCAGGAAUCAACAUCUUUCCGUCAGCUGACCAGGAAAACACUACCACACUUAUCCCCGCCACUCACAACACGGGUGGUUCCCUGCCGGACCUGACAAACAUCCACUUCCCCUCUCCUCUCCCGACGCCGCUGGACCCAGAAGAAUCCCCUUUCCCGUCCCUCAGCAGUUCCAACAGCACCGGGAACCUUGCGGCCAACUUGACGCAUAUGGGCAUCAGCACAGCCAAUCAGGGGAUGACGACGACGCAGGCCUCUUCCCAGCAGCACCGACAGCCACCCACCGGCUCCCUUUCGCUGAACGCAGACUCCAGGAGAAACCAGCCCCAGCAGGUCUCCCCCACGCUCUCGCCUCUGUCGCCAAUCACUCAGGCCGUGGCAAUGGACGCCCUCUCCCUGGAGCAGCAGCUCCCGCCCUACCCCUUCUUUACCCAGACGAGCGCCCAGCAGCAGCAGCAACAGCAGACCCAGGUCGCCAGCGCUCUCCCGCCCAAUGCCUCCCUGAUGCAGACGUCCGGCCUGCAGCGAGGGGUGCAGCUGCCCCCGCUCUCCGUCACCGUCCCUUCCACAAUCCCACAGUCUCCGCCGGGAAGCCAGACCCAGACCUCCAUGGGGAUAGACAUCAGUUCGGGUUCACUCCAGCAGUACCGCAACAAUGCUGGCUCCCCGGCCAACCAGUCUCCCACCUCUCCUGUCUCCAAUCAAGCUUUCUCUCCUGGCAGCUCCCCUCAACAAACAUCUAUCCUGGGGAGCGUCUUCGGGGAUUCCUGUUACGACCAGCAGAUGACGGCCAGGCAGGCAAACGCUUUAUCUCAUCAGGAUUCCUUCCUCCAGCUUGAGCAGUUCAACAUGAUUGAGAACGCCAUCAGCUCCAACAGCCUCUACAGCCCCUGCUCCACCCUCAAUUACUCCCAGGCGGCCAUGAUGGGCCUCACCGGAAGCCACGGGAGCCUCCAGGACGCCCAGCAGCUCAGCUACGCCAGCCACGGGAACAUCCCCAACAUCAUCCUCACAGUGACCGGGGAGUCCCCUCCCAGCCUGUCGAAGGACCUGACCAGCUCUCUGGCCGGCGUGGGGGAUGUCAGCUUCGACUCUGAUUCCCAGUUCCCCCUGGACGAACUCAAAAUCGACCCCCUGACCUUGGACGGGCUGCACAUGCUCAACGACCCCGACAUGGUCCUCGCUGACCCCGCCACAGAGGACACUUUCCGGAUGGACCGGCUGUAGGGGAGAGGGGAAGAGGGGAAGAGGGGGCGCGUCGCCGAGAGUGAGAGAGCGCAUGCCAAAUCGCAAAUAAAAGGUGUACCAAGUCUCGGCGCCCGCAGAGGCAGGGACCGGCCCACCUCGGGUCCGUCGCACCUGAGAGCCGGGCUCGUUCCACCCUCACAGAACAGCUGCCCACCCCCCCGUCUCCCCCCCUCCCGCCCUCCAGAGGCCACUGGUUUGGGAGAGGACCUCUUUAUCCACAAGCCCCCCUUGCGCCCUUUCCGUUCCUCUCGCCCUCUGCUUGCCACCAAAGUUCGGUCCUUGUUCUCCUUUGCACUAAAUGGUUUCUCCGUGUUUGUUUUUGGGAAGGCAGGGAGUGGGGUGGCAGUAGAGGAGGCUGCUCCCUCUCUUCCUCUCCCCCCCCCCCGCCCCGGUGGCUGGGCAAAGCGCUCUGAAAAGGUAAAUAGAUAGUUCUUAUCCCUCCCCCCCCCCCACCUCUGUCAAAACUACCGAGUCUCCGGUUUCGGUUACAGAAACAGGCACUUCUGCAUGAAGCCGGGAGCUGGGGGGGUGUGCUGGGGGUUGCCCGACAGACACGUGAAGCCCCACCACCCCUGAGUUCAAAAGCUACGUUGUGGAUAUUGCUGCUUUCCUUCUGGGAAAUGGGGUGGGUGGGGUUUCAGUAUAGGAGGUGGUGGGGAGAGUCCAGUGAGCCCUCCAGAAUAAUUUCCUGAGGCAGAUGCUUGGCUUUGAAGGAUGGGGAGGGGUGUAAAUGGUUAGUGAUCUCCUGCCCCCCCCCUUUUCGCUAGCCUUGACUCUCAUCCAAAACUCUAUUGCUGCCUGUUCCCCCGUUUGCCUCCUUGCUCAACAGUUGCAGAAACAUCUCUUUUUGGGGGGCAACACCGUCCGGGGAUUUAGUUGCACGAGCCGCCUAACUCCUCUUUCCGAUUCAAAGGACUUUUUUGGCAGGGGGUGGGGGACAGGUAGAGGAAGAGGAGGGGCAAUUUUAUUUAUGUCGCAUACUUCCGUUACCUAAAGGAAGGAGCUACGGUUUCCUCUUGGUUGAACGCUUGCGGGAUUAUUGCUGUCCAGCGUGCAAGUCUCUCUCCCCUCCCCUUUUUGCAUGGCAAAGGCAGUUCCCGCCCAGUAUUAAAGGAAAAUAUCUCACGUGCAUGAUUUGUUAUUUCUUAGCAGGGAAUAGCGAGGAAAAUCCGGUCAGCCUUGGAGGGGCGCAGAGCCAGACUGAGCCCCCAAAUGGUUGCUGAGGGUGGCAGAAUCAGAGGGGUUCAGUGGGGAAUCGUUUAAGGGGACCCCAAGAUGUACACACACGUCUCCUGCUUGCAAAGUGGACAGAGAUGUUCUCUCCUUCGGCGCCUCGAGGGGAAGGCGCUCUUUGGCGUGGGGCAGCUUUUUGGACUGACUCCAAUGCGUUUGUCACUUUCCGUUGGCAGAAUCUCGUGCCAAGUGCCCCUGGGGUGUUGGUGGGUCUCUGAAACCCAUGUCUGGAGCUCAGAAAUCCUAUCGCAGGCAUGUUUGUGAGUCUGAAUGCUUCAGGCAGGGUCCCCCUGCUCCCCACCCCCCAAACACUUUUCUUUUACGGCAUCCCAUUCUCCAGGUCAGGUCCCUGGUUUUCUGGGCUGCUUGGGAGGAAGUGAACCUCCCAUUUGCCGAAAAUGCUAAUCUGGUAGCCUCCUGUGGCUCCCUUGGCCUGGCUGGGCGAUAUCUUAAGUCAUCUGGGCCUUCCUGGCUGGCGCAGCAGAGCUCACCUCCCCGCCGUCCCCUCUUCUGCUCUGAGUUGGCCGGGCAGCGUUCAGCUUGAGUCCCUGCCUUGUUGUCCCUCAGGUUCUGGGUUUGAGUCCUGCCAUAGCCUUCCCCGAAUGCCUCCCCCCGGCGAGUUACAGCUGGGCCCUGGGCCCCUGCAUGUGCCGCUAGGAAGUCCCGUUCCGAGUACAUGUCUGCUUACACUCCGCCUGUGCCAUCCUUUGUUUUACGACUUUUGCACUAAAACUGUGCUGUCUCCUAGGCGUUCUGUGUGGGCGCUUCGAUGCAGUGCUUUCCCCCCCCAGCCCUUUCGACUCCCAAGAAGUGGCCUCUCCCAUUGUUUUAUAACCCGUAUCAGUAUUUUAGCCUCUAGUACUCGCCAUGGUCUGCCCAUUUCAAGCCUGCUCUGGGUCCCUCUCCCGCACGAGGAGGAAUCCCGUCUGCUAAAAAAACAACAACAGGAGGUGGUCACUCUCCUGCUCCGAACAGUGAGUGCAGGGACCUCGUCCUUUGGCCUCCAGCGAUCCUGUCAGAAUUCAUUGGUCCGACUCUCUGGGAUGCCCUUCCCUCAGAUCUCAACAUGUGCACAGUCCUCUUCAGUCUUGGCCUGCCGUUUGGGGAUGUGGAAUUGGAAGACUCGUUUCCUGGUCUGGUAAACACACGCAGCUCUCGAACCGGACAGUUUUAUAGGGAGAUGUAAAAAUCUCUCCUCCUCCCCUUUUCUAAAUUACACAUGUACAUAGGAGAGCCUGCGUGCGGAUAAACUGUAAGUAGUUUUACAAAAAUGGCCUUAAUAUAUAUAUAUCUAUAUAUAUCUGUAUACACACGUGAAACACAAACACACAAAAAAAACCUUUCUGGAUUUGUUGGAGGGUCACUGAGGAUUAGGGACCAUUUGCACUGUUAAAAUUUCUGGUUUGUGUUUCAUUUGUUGCUGUUGCUGGAAACGGUUGUUAAAGAUGGCAGGAUCGUAGCGCGAGAUAUUUCGAUGUGCUCGAUAUCUCUCUUCCCAGCAGGGGGCAGCGUCAUUCUUAAUUUAUCAUGUUGAGUAGCCAAGCGACGACUUUAGCACAGCGGCAAAUUACUUCCUCCGUUAAUGCACCUUAUAUUCUGCUUCUUUCUCAAUUCUGUGUUUAAGGCCAGGCCCCUGGAGGUUUUGAGAUCCAUGCUCUGUCUGCAUCCGAAGCUUGCUUAAAAUUGCUUAUUUUGAAGGGGGCGGGGCUGUAAGCUCCCCAUAUCCUUUUGGGGGAUUCUACCCACCAUGAUUCUGUUCCAGGGGAGAAUGCUUUGUUGCCGUCGUUGAGCAGAGAGGAAGUCCUGCUUGGUUCAAAAGCGGGAGUGUUGUUCGUUGCUCAGUUCGGGUCAGGUUUAAAAGAGCAGCUCUCUUUUGGUUAGGUGCCUGGCUUGUGUCUGAAUGGGCACAGUGGUGCAUUUGUCUUAAGCCGUUCUUUCUGUACUCUCCUCCCCCCCCCCUUUACCUUCCCAACAACACUGUGAGGUAGGUUAGGCAAAGAGAUGGCAGCUGGCCCAGGGAGUGCCUCUGCUGAGUGGUCAUUUUAUCCAGGGUCUCUGUGGGCCUUAAUCUGACACCAGCCUGGUCCAGUGUUGCUCUGUGUGUGUGUGUGCGUGCGCGCCAGCUAAUAAUACUGUGUAAACGAGACCAGUUUCACCCCUGCAGUGCGGUCUGAGCCCCUGAACUUACAUAAGCAGUGCCCUUUCUCCUUACAAUUUGGCAAGAAAAAGUUCCCAGUGAGGAACGGAGCGCAGAAGUCGACGUCCCUCCAGUUUCCAUCAGGCUCCUCUUGCUCCACAGCACCUCCACUGGAGCAGGCCAUGAGGGGUACUGCGCCUUCUCAUCCCAGGAGCCAGGAGGUGCUUGGGUGCACCCACAGAGGCUACUGGCUGCCAGGCAGUACAGGCUUCCAUAGCUCAGUUGGUAAGAGCAUGAGACUCUGAAUCUCAGGGUUGUGGGUUCGAGACCCAUGUUGGGCGAAAGGUUCCUGCAUUGCAGGGGGGUGGGCUAGAUGACCCCUUGGGGUCCCUUCCAGCUCUACAAGUCUGUGAUUCCUAGCAGGAGCUUUGCUGCCAGCCCAAAAUAUUAGCAAGGCAUGUUAGAGCCUUGCUAGAGCUGAUUGGGGGGUAUGGGGCAAUUAGUCCAAUUCUGCAGAUUUCGAGUAUCUUUGUAAUAAACAAGGCUCUGUUCUGGAAAAAUGCCACAUCACAUUCCUUAAAUCCCCACCCAACAGCUGCCAUUGUUGGUCUUUGAAAAUGGACGUUGGCCCCCAAAAGCCCCCCUUGGCAUCAAGUGCCAAAUGAAUUAAAUGACAUUGAUUACUGUCAUCCUCAUUGUCAGGGCCCUGCUCCAUUUCCAUCCUUGCAAGCCGUGUGGAGAAGCGUUCCUGAGCAUAUGCAGAGUUCUGCUGCCCCCUCCUCCUCUCCUCCUGUAACCCCCACAGCCCGAUGGACCUGGUCCCGGUUUUGGGUGUCGAGAGGCCAGGGUGGGUAUCAGAAGCGAUUGUGGGGAUGGCAGGCUGUCGGAAGAGAGGCCAGGCGCUGGUGUUUUAAAUCCACAAUGCUUUCCGUCAGCUUCGAAAAAUGUCUUGCAAAAACAGGGGAAGUAUCCUGAGCCAGAGUGAAUGACUAUAAAUACAUAUAUAUUGGUGUGUGUGCACGCAUGUGUAUGCAAACUGAGAUGGAAGACUUAAAGUGGCGCAGGGAGCGGGGUACAGAUCCAGCAACUGGGUCAGGCCCAGCCCCCUCUUCCCACAGCGGCCAACCAGACCCCCAGCAAGCAGGGGUCUAAUUGUCCGGAUGUCCUCGGAUACAGGAUGCUGGGCUUGGAGGUGGUCAGACCCAGCUAUGCACAAAUUGGGGGCAGGUAGGAUAAGACAUCCCCCCCCAUCCCUGCCAAAAAAGGCCAAAUUUGGGGGGCGGCCCCUGCCCAUUGCAUGUCCAGGGAAAACUGAAUCCUGUUAUCGCUGUGGCUUUUCUGCAUGUUUGCAGGAGUCUUGCUGGGGGCUCCUUGGAAAUCUAGCUCUGACAGGCAGCAGCAAGAGACCGAACUGUCCCUUUUUUAAAUAGAAAAGAAAAAGGAAAGCUGCUUCUUUCUCUGCCCCCCCCCCCCAAUUUCCAUCCUCCUUUUCCUGCCUCCAUCCUUUCAAGGCAGCCAUCUCCCCCCCCACCCUUUUUUUCUUAGGUAGAAUUCCUCUCCGGAAGAGGAUUACCUACAUACUACACCCAUGGCUUUUGAAAAAAGAAAGAAGGCACUUUGAUUUAUUUUUUUAAAUUAAAAAAAUUCCCUUGUCACUGUGAAAACACCUGUGAAAGAGCAGUUGAAUAUCUGAGUAUGCAUUCUUCUUCUUUUUAGGGGAAAAAAGGGGGAACCCAAACAAAAAGUUAAGUGUUUUUGUGUUGUAACUUUUCUUUUUUAAUGAACCGGUUUAACCUUCCUUUUAUUUCUAAAAGAAAACUUGUGCGGAAUUCCCAUAUUGCAAUAUGUGAAUUGGGGUUGGGUGCGGAGGGUUUAAAUAACCAACACACUACGUUUAUGGAACUUCGGUCGAUAAUCUUUGUGCUUUUCGUUGUAUUUAUUAUUGUUGUUUUUUAAUUUUUUUUAAAAGGGGGGGAACAACUUCCUUCAGGGGAGGGGGAGGAGGGCACGGUGCAUGUGUGUGUAUAUAAAUAUAUAUAUAUAUAUAUAUUUUAAAAAAGUAUAUAUAAAUAAAUGUGAGCUUGGCCAGUUUCUACUGUGUUUAUAAAGGAAAGGCGUGGCUUUUUUGGGGAGGGGAACGCAGUCUGAGGGGGGGGGAGAUGCUUUGAGGCGGCCGCAGCAGCAGCAACAGCUUGGUAUUUUCUGCCUUUGGGGUGUUGGGUUUUGGUUUUCAUCCCCCCUUUUACAUAAGAACCGAAAGCAAAAAAAAUGUAUAAUAGCUGUUGGUAUCUUAGCAUGUGUAUUGAAGCAAAGGCUGUCUUGGCUCAAUGUCCCCGUUCUCCACCUGCAAAUUGGACGAUCUCACGCCCGUGGUUGAGAAUUCAUUGCCUUUUUUUGCUUUUUGCCUGGUUCCCUUCUCUCCUCUCCUACUCCCCCCCCCUCCACCCCAAAGCCUUCUCGGUAUAUCGAUAACAAUGACAAAAUUCCCAGCGUUAAUCGUUCUCCUCCUCCCCACCCAGCCCCAGUUUUCAGGUGUGUCCAAAAACGGUGGAAAAGCCCACCUUUGGGACAGGGGUGGGUGGGAGAUGGGCUCUGAGAUGCCUUCUCUUUCAGCCCCCCCAGACGCAACUUAUAUAUGUUUGGGAAGCUGGGGCAACCCAGUCAGAUGGGCAGGGUUCAAAUAAUAAAAUGAAUAUCGCCAUUAUUAUCAAUUGCCGCCACAUCCAAACGGUGUUCUGUUACUGUAUGGCACGGCUGACCUGAGCCGGACGUGUCUUCUCCUGGCCCAGCCUUCGCCAACCUAGCGCCCCCCCUAAAUGCUGGACGGGGGUGGGCAGGCAGGUUUUUGGAGGCUGGGGCUGGGUGCGCAGUAGAAGCUUCUCUGAAAAAAAGCACCAGCAGAGCUUUGAAACUUAACUGGGCAGAUCAGCAGAGGCCUAAUGCUCUCCCUGACCCCCCCCCUUCCCAAAAAUGAAUGGGUCAAAAUACUUCUCCCCAUAACCCCCUCCACCCCUUUGCAAGUGGGUGUGAUUGGGGGCAGGGAUGUGAAGUUUGGCAUGCCCCCCCGCUUUAAAAAUCCCAUGAACAGCAAGUAGGAUUAAAUUGAAUUCAGUGCAAAUAAACACGACUUGCUGAAAUAAAAGGAGGGAGGGUUUUAGGGUUUGUUUGUUUUUGCCAAAUUGGGUGGGAGGAUUAAGUGGUUUUUUUUGGGGGGGGGUCCUGGUGCUGUUUUAGAUGCAAACCCCCCCCCCCCCCCAGUUCUCGGGAUACCUGUCAAUUCUAGAUUACAGUUCUGUUAGUUUCAUAAGCCUUCAUUUGCAGCUGAUAGUUUUUAGAAAGAUCACAGGGACUAGCUGCAUGGUUGUUGUUUUUUAAAAGAGAAAUGACGGUAUCAGGAAUCCCUACUAAAAGCCAUUAUCCUUGGAGUGGGGAAAUUCACAAUCCUCUUGAGGCGGCACCUGUGUUUCACUUCGGGAAACCCUAACCGACCAUUGCAUAGAAAUCAGCCCUUUUGCAGAAGCCGCUCAAAAUUCUCUGUGCCAGGAGACGGAACGGCUUAAUCCUUACUCAAGAUCAUUGAUUUGGAGAACACUUAGCUAAGGCACGGCUUGCAAAUGCAACCGCAUCUCUUUGGCUGCCCUGCCAUACGCAACAGAAACACCAGGAUUAAUUCCGCAAGCUUUUGCAGGUUGCGUCCGCGGUCGGCCAUACUCUGAGUAGUCCUAUUGAAACAGAUGGAUGUGGCCAAACUGGUCUGGUGGAUCUACUCUGAGCAGAACUUAAUUGGGCUGCAACCCUAACAUCACUUUCUUUUUUGGGGGGGGGGAUAAGACCAUGCCUAAACGUUAUUUCCCCCUUCGAUCCUAAAUAGUUCCUAACUCUAUAUGGGCAUGAGCAGUUGCACAUUAAACGUAAUUAUCCAUAUUAUAAUAACCAUAUUGCUAGAGACAUCCAGAACAUUAACGCAACUUAGCAAGUAAACAAAAUGUGCUUAGUUCUAGCUGUUAGUCGGGUGGUAGCUUUUCAAUACAUGGCUUUCUUUUGGGGACAGGGAGGAAAUUAAUUUUUUCUCUCCUCCCACCCCCCCAUUUCUUUUGGGGCACCUGAAAGUGUAAAAGAACACCAGGGGGAAUGUGGGUUUUCUCUGAAUAAGGUAGAUUCAGCUGUGUUUGGCAGUUUCCCUUACAGACAGGCAGCUAAAAAACAGUAACACAAAAAUCAUAUUUUGGGGUGGUGGGGGAGGCGGAUUAAAAGGGUGGGAUGGGAGCAGUCUUUCGUUUUCUGUAUUUUUGGACCGUGUAACAUCCUGUUCUUUAUAGUUUUUUUUUUAAAAACAAAAACAUGAGGACUAGUGGAAUGACUUUACUGAUAUAUGCAAAUCCUACCAUUGAGUUACAGGUUUUCUUGGGGGGUGGGGAGGGGGGGUACCUGGGGGCAGCAGCAGCAGCACAGGAACUCUGGAGCAUAGAAGCUUAAUUUAUUGUGGCUUUUUUCUUGGCAAAAAAAAAAAAGGAACCCUGAAGGUGGCUUUGUAAGCGUGUGUGUUUUUUUCUUCUUUUUGCAAACUUAAGAACAUGACAAUGAUGUGAAAAAGCGGCAAAACUCUGUGUACAUUCUUUUUGAUCUCUCUUUUUUUGGUUCGAUCGUUUCCUUUUUUUCUUUCUUUUCUCUGUGAAGGCUUUUUUUGUCUUUGUAACUUUGCAUUAUUUGUAAAUGAAAUGUAAUAAAGUUCAGCUGUUUUUCUCUC